AUGCGCCACGCCAGCCGAAUUUCAUUCGCACUGGAGUGCCAUUACGACCCCACCACUGGUGUGUUGUCUAUCGGCAGCGAUGCGGCAUCGACGAGGCCGUGGUACAACGUAUUGGCCACGACGAAGCCAUUCGUUUCUGCGCCCUUCGCCGCUACGGUCAAGCUGGGCGAUCAAGAUGGCGUCAACAUGCCGUGGUUCUCGAGAGCGGAUGCGACGCUUCUGUUCUACGAGAUUCAUGGUGACCGAUCAAAUGCACCUUUUAGGUUGCAAAUCGAUAGGUCAGGAGACACUGGAUUUGAUGUUUUCAUCUGGGCGCAUUCGAUGGAUGAGCAAGAGACUUCUUGGGACAUUGUGGAGGAAGUCGGGACUUGGGAACAACCUGGUUCCAGACGUCCCUUGUUGGAGAUGCAUUUCACUCUCAAGGAUAGCCUGAACGCCAAUGUAUCCAUCGCAACACAGGUUGUUGACACCAUUUCAGUUCGAGCGGACUCGGGCUGGUCGCCAUCAUUGACUUUUCCCAUUCGGCAAGGUAUCGUCAAGAUCCUGGCACCCACUUUUGAAGUGUUGGGAGGAAUCUUCACGUUUAUUAUUUUCUUAGCCCUGAGCUUCACUCAUCUGCUCAUCUACAUCCUGGGGCUCUACGUGUUACUGGUCAUUGCAUGUUACUGGGCAGCCAAGCGUCCGCCUUUCUGGCCGUGGGCACGUGCGUUUCUGCUGACAAAACACGCCGUCCGAAUUCUCGGUCCUCCGACUGAACUCGGAAAAGACGAGAAAGAUGAUGCCAACGGCAACGGCCUAGAGAGUUCAGAUGAGACCACCAGUGGCCCACAGCCACUUACGAGCGUAUUGGCAUUCUUCACGAGCAAAUCACCUCUCGAUGACCUGUUGGUCACAUUUGAAUUCACGAAACCGUUUGUCCAGCCGUUGACUUUAUCAUGGAGGAGGUCUGUGCCGGCUGAUGAAGAGCAGGCGCCUGGUACGUCGACUGGAAUUGGAACUCAGGACAGUGCGGGUGCUACACGCCCAAGGAAUACCAGUCUUCACGACACCAAGACUGAGGUUAGUGGGAAUGAGGAGAAGGUUUAA